AUGGAGCCGCCGACAAACCGAUUCCGGCUGGCGCAGCUGAUUGCUGAGGGAGCGCAAGAUGAGGAUGGCGACGAGCUCAAUUUCCAACCGCACGAGGUUUCCGAAAUGCGCGAUCCCGAUGUGCAGCUUGCCAAGAAGCGCGAAGCCGUUGGCAACAGAUUCCAAGCUGCCAUGUCCAGUAUAUUCGACAAGUAUGGCCGCGAUUUCGAGGAUAUCGGGGACGAGAUCGACUUCGAAACCGGCGAGAUCGUGGUUGACAACGGACAUCUCGCUAAUAUGCGAUAUGAUGGGGAUAUAGGAUCGCCUGACGGCUUGGAAACGGCACAGAGCGACGGCGAGGAGGAGGAGGGGAUCUUAUUGGAGGACUGGCAGAGCGAAAGUCAUGCCAGCGACGACGGCUCUGUUAGGGACGAUGAAGCGCCUGCCUUGCCCUCAAAACCGCUUCCGGCUCCGAAAGAUACCCCAAGCGCACCGGCAAAUUUACAAGAAUUGGCUCCCAUGGGCGGCUAUCCCUGGAAUUUCGGGCCUCCUCCAUCAUUCUGGGGACCAAGUCCAAAUACUGUUCCAUUUUGGCCUUUUCCCUAUGGCCAGCAGCCACCCCAUUUCCUUGGACAGCCUGGGGCGGCUUUCCCUUCGCCUGGCCAGCAUCCCGCGAUGCUACCUUUCACCAACUUAUACCCCCCUUUCAUGUCUGCUCCAUUUGGUUCGCUACCUACAUCAAUUUCCGGGCCUGGAGCCAACGCAUCCUCCCUACCCCAAUCCCAGCCAAAGAAGCGUGUACAAAAGUCGCUAUUUACUUCACGGUUUUCUUCAAAAGGGAAGAGAAAAGACCAUACGGAGGAAGCAAAGGAUGAACCAGCAAAUAGCGACUCGCAGAACGUGCAGCCAGCGCAGGAAUCCAAGUACAUAACAGAUGACGAGGAUGAGCUGCUCUCAGAGCAAUAUACGAUAGCUCCCCAGAACAAAGAAUCAACCGAAACCGAGGUGGUUGAAGAGCCCGCCACGACCUCUAUCGCCAGUCCUCCUGCUGGCUCUAAUUCAACUAGAGACGAAACUACGGGUACUCAGGACAGAGUGUCUGUGGAAAUCCCAGAAAUAUCAGAACAACGGCGGAAACAAUACAGACAUAUAUCAAUGGAGAAACAUAACUCUGUGCUCCCCACCCCCCCAACAUCAGUGGUUGAUACAUCCGAUAGCGAUGGGGAUAGAAACACCCAUAAGCUGAGAUGUGAAUCUCCACCCCAAGAUUCAGAUAGUGCGACAAGGCCUGGAGAAGAUGUGGUUCUCGACGAUGAGAGCCAGACUCUGGAAGAUACCAAGACUCUAGAGGGUUUGGUAGACCAUGAGAUGUCAGGCUCUGAGGCCGUGGUCAACCGUGAUAUGCCAGGUCCUGAGUUGGUCUGCGCAGAAACAGAGGAAAAAGACGCCUCCCAAGGAGGUAAUACUAUCAACGAACACGAGAGAAGCAACGACAUCGAUGAAGAUCAUACCCGCAUCAAGUCUGAGGAUAACACGACAGAUCUAUCACUACUUCAAACGACCACCUAUCUGACAAUGAACUUCCACUCUCCUCGAUAUCGGAAUCGCCUCCUAAACAACCAAUUGUUUCUCAGGGCGCCAAACUACCAAGAAACCCUGAGAUGA